AUGACGGCGCUCCGCUGCGCUGCCGCCGCCCUGCUGGUGCAGUCGGCCGCCGCCCUCCGCUGCGCCCCUCGCGCCGCGGGCGGCCCGGUGGUCGGCGCGCUCGGCUGGCGCGCCGCCAGCGCCGCGACGAUGCUCACGCCCGAGGAGGAGGAGUUUGAGAGGCGGAUGGCCGAGUUCCGGGCGGCGGGCCCGCCGGCGACGCUGCCGCCGCUCGAGGACGGGUCGGACACGCCCGUGGAGGGCGCCGAGGCGGGCGAGGGCGGCGCGGACGAGGAGGAGGCCAGCUGGGUCGACCUGAGCACGCCGCUCGGCAACGACAUCGACCUGUCUCCGAUCCGCGGGCCGCCGGUCCCGGGCGAGGAGGAGGAGGAGGAGGAUGCGCGGCCGCUGUACGCGUGCCUCGCCGAGUACCUCCCCGGCUGCGCCCCCUCGCCCGCUCUCUCCCAGCGCUACGCCGCCUGGCUGAGCCGCGCGCGCAGCGACGGCGCCGCCUUGCUGCCUCUUCACGCGGUGCUGACCGACGAGCAGCUCGAGGAGCUCGAGGCGGCGGCGCGCGCGCGCUUGGCGGAGGGCGGCGGCGAGGGCGAGGGCGAGGGCGAGGGCGAGGGCGGGGGCGAGGGCGAGGGCGGCGGCGAGGGCGAGGGCGAGGGCGGGUCGAGGCCCGGAGUGCUGGCGGGGAUGGAGCCGCAGGCUGGCGCUGCAGCGAGCACUGACCCGUUUGCGGCGUGCGGCGGGUACGGCAAGCAGAGCGUGCACGAGUGGGGGAUGGCGGAGGCGGCGGAGCUGCGGGCGUCGGGACGCGUACACCUCGCCGGCCCUCUGCGCGAGGGCGGCGGGCAGCCGGUGGGCACCUUGCUGCUGGUCUCUGGCGACUCGGCGGAGGAGGUGCGGGUGUCGCCGGCGCCGGAGACGGCGGUUCCGGAGACGGCGGCGGGGGAGGGCGGCACGGCGCCGCUGGUGGCGUGGUGA